AAGUGACAAACUACAGCAAACUGAAAACAUGCUUUUCCUGUGAAAGCCGAUGCAUGGUCUUUCCUGUGCGUGUGAUUUUCUGGAAAGAUGCCAGGAUGUCUGGGCCCACAAAUAUUUCUCGGUCAAGUUGAAUGACAUGCCCACACCAUGCCUGUUUGAGAAUUUACAAAGAGAGUGCUGUAUAACCUUUAACUUCCCUUUUGAUCUGUUUUUGUCACAUACCAUUUUUUCUGGAACUGAAAUAAUCACAUUAAAUGCUCAUGUUUGUGCACAGUUACACUACUGUACACUACUUUAGACUUACAUCUUAACUCUAAUCCAUCUGUAUCUAAACUUUUAGGGUACAUUAUAUUGUUUUCUUUGUUUGUUUGUUUUGUUCAGUGCAAGCGAGAUGGUCACUGUCAAUGCCACUGGGCUAUGUACUAAAUCUUCUCAUCCCCUCAUACACACUAUUCUUGAGCAAAUGUCAGGAACCACUGUUGCUGUAAUGGUUGAAACCACUGACCUUCAUGAAAGUGCCAUAGCUUGAGAAGAGGUACUUGAAAUGCUCGAUUAUUGAUGUAGUCUUUUGAACAUAACUUAUACAGCCCUAAAUUAGCUUCAUGAGUAUUCUUUCAACAUCUAGUGAUUCACAUGGCAUGUUGCACAAAAGAUUUAAGAAAAAUAAAUACCUAAGGUCAUUGGUGUUAUGUGUAGAACUUGUGACCUCUGCCAUUAUAAACAUAGGGAUAGUUUUCAUGACCAGAAUGCGUAUAACAAUUUGCUAAUUCAAAAUAGUGUACAUAAGUUUUAUUAUAUUCUAUUAUAGCCUUAGUUACUCUUAGUCGUUGAGGAAAGGAGAAGUGGGUCGUUGUAAAUUACAUCAUGGACGUUUGCCCACUUUCGUAUGUGGCACAGUAUUACAGCAUGCAUCGGUUACAAAGAGACUGAUGCAAUAAGAAUUUAGGCUCAGCUUUUCAACCAACAAAAGUGUAAUAUAAAAGGACCGUUCAAAUGGUAAAAUGUGCUCUCUGAAAAUAUUAUUGAAAUAGCUUCAGGUAGAUGUGGAAUACAUUUACGUUAGACAAUUAAGGAAAAGCGUUUUCUUCUGUGUCGAAGGCGCAAUAGCAAGUGCAGAAGGAAAAAUCGGCCGUGAUGCUGCGAUCUUGAAUUUAUGGGCGGAGCUUAAAUGUGUUCGAAAUGUUUCCUGGUUUUCCAAGGCUCUGGGUUGUGGCUGUGGCGCUGUAGGUGCAGAAGUCUCCCGGCUUGUGAUGGCAUUGAGACCCUCUCCACGGAACUGCGAAGUUGAAGGACGCUUGCACUCCUGGAAAACUCCGUUUUGAAGAGCUCCCUCUGUCACAGCUUUGUAAUUAUUGUAGCGCCAGUCUCUCUGACUCGAUUUAGCUAUUUAUUCGGUAUCCUGUCUUUAACCCCUCUAUGUUGCACUUAGCUUACCUACUGUACAGUCAUGUUCAACCGGUAUAAGCGUAGUUGGUGUGUUUAGUCAUAAUGACAUUGGAGACGUUUCCUCUACUAUAUGUAUUUUUGAGAAAAAAAAAGGGUUCUGUUUGGACUCUAUAGAUGAAUGUCAAGUUCAUUGUGAAAUUCUAACCUAUUACGCACUCUGGAAUGCUGGCGAGUAACUCGACUCACUUGGGAAUUAUUUAUUUACAACAUGGUAGUGCGUUAGUGGAUGCUUAUUUAUUAUUAUUAUUUACGCAGACUGCUGCUAAAUAACUUUUUCAAAGAUUUAUUAAGUACUGUGGAGUUUGAAACACAACAAUGCGAGCUGCUAUUGUGCUGAGUUGUAACCUCUUUUUUAUUGUCACUGAUACUGUCAUCACAACAGUUCUAUAUGUCCAAGGCUCUCAGCUUCAUAUAUUUGCAGAUGAACUGGCUAGGUUUGACAUAUUCCAUUCAGCCCUGGACCUAUGGGGAACUCUGUUGGUCCGGGUUGUUUUGCUGCUUGGGGCCUCUUUAGGUGUCCUCAGGAACCGAGUAGAUGGCCCUCGUAGGGUCUCGAAACUGAGCACUCUGACCACCCUCGUCUGCCUCACCAUCCUGACCUACGCCCUGACCAAGCUUCUGAUCUUCUCAGAGCAGGGAGCCCUUAUGGCCGACCCUUGGAUUUUGAGCUUGGUCUCUUGGAGCUGUGUGUCGGCAAUAGGUACUAUGUACCUCUGGGGCGUCCUGGCGAAGACCUCUAACGCUGUGAGUGAUGGUAGCAGUGACGACGAGACAAAGAGGCUGGUGAGCCCACUGGGUGAUAGCAGCUCUGAGAUGGAGGAUGAGGAGAAGAAAACGUUAAGAGGGAAGUGCAAAGGGACCAAUGGCGCAGACUCCCGCGCUACAGUGGGGCGCCUGCUCUCUUACUGCAGGAAGGAUUCCCUGCUGCUGGCUGUUGCCUUCUUCUUUCUUGUGCUCUCUGCUGUUUGUGAGGCUUUUAUACCCUAUUACACUGGCCAGGCCAUUGAUGGGAUUGUUAUUGACAAGAGCAUGGAACACUUCACAAAGCCCUUGAUUACACUAGCAUCACUGGCUUUUGUCAGUUCUAUAGCCAUCGGUGUCCGAGGAGGAGUCUUCUCCAUAACUUUUGCCAGAUUGAACAUUAGAAUACGGAACCUUUUGUUUAGAUCACUCAUGCGUCAAGAAAUUGGGUUCUUCGACUCAAACCAUACAGGUGAUAUCAUCUCACGUCUGACAUCCGACACGACACAGGUGAGUGAUCUGAUCUCGCAGAAUGUCAACCUUUUUCUGCGAAGCUUCAUCAAGGCCAUUGGCUUCUUCAUCUUCAUGUUCUCGAUGUCUUGGAAACUGACGUUGGUCACCAUCAUGGGCUUCCCUUAUAUUGCUGUUGCAUCAAAGGUCUAUGGAGAAUACUACAAGAAACUGACCAAGGAGGUGCAAACAUCCCUGGCUCAGGCCAACAAGGUGGCAGAGGAGACUGUGUCAGCCAUGAGAACCGUCCGCAGUUUUGCCAACGAAGAGCAAGAGGCUGCCUCAUACUACAGCAAGCUGAUGGACAUGUUCCAACUCAACAAGAAACAAGCAGUGGCCUACUCCUGUUUCAUGUGGUCCAGCUGUAUAUCAGAACUGGCGUUACAGGUGGUCAUUCUCUAUUACGGGGGUCACCUUGUUCUAACAGGACAAAUGAGUGGAGGGACUCUCAUCUCUUUUGUCAUCUAUGAGCUGGAAUUGGGAGAGUGCUUGGAGAGUAUAGCAGCCGUCUACACAGGACUGAUGCAAGGAGUUGGGGCAGCUGAGAAGGUGUUUGAGUAUAUUGAUAGGAAACCUGACAGCACCUCUGGUGGCAGUGACGCCCCAGACACUUUUAAAGGAGAAGUGGAGUUCAUAAACGUGUCCUUUAACUACCCAACGCGACCCGACACAGAGAUACUCAAGAAUGUUUCCUUCACUAUUCAACCUGGAGAGGUGACUGCGCUUGUGGGUCCAUCUGGGAGUGGAAAAAGCUCUUGUGUGGGUCUCCUGGAGAAUUUCUAUGCUCCUAAAGAGGGCCAAGUGCUGCUGGAUGGCCGUCCAGUGCAGGCCUAUGAACACACAUACCUUCACUCUAAGGUGGCACUUGUGGGACAGGAACCAGUACUGUUUGCCCGGUCAGUUCAGGAGAACAUUACUUAUGGCCUGAAAGACAUUGCCAUGGAUCUGGUGGUUGAAGCUGCUACUAAGGCCAAUGCACAUGGUUUUAUAGGUGGCCUCUCCCAGGGUUAUGAAACAGGAGUGGGAGAGAAAGGAGCCCAGCUGUCAGGGGGACAGAAGCAGCGUGUGGCCAUUGCCCGGGCUCUUAUUCGGAAACCUUGUGUGCUUAUACUGGAUGAGGCCACUAGUGCCUUAGAUGCGGAGAGUGAACAUAUUGUUCAGCAGGCCCUGAAUGAUAUCAUGCAAGAACACACAGUGCUAGUGAUCGCCCAUCGCCUGAGCACUGUGGAGAGGGCGAACAACAUCAUUGUGAUUGACCAAGGCUGUGUAGUGGAUCAGGGGACGCAUACUGAACUCAUGUCCCGGAGAGGACUGUAUUUUAAGCUAGUCCAGAGGCAGGUCCUGGGCAUAGAAACAGGAUCAGAGGUGCUCAAUCCUCCCAAGAACUCACAGUGGAUGGCCAUGAACGGUAAAGCAGAGAGUGAAGAGGAAAGCAGUGAUUCUGAUUGUGAUGCAAAGUUUUAACAUAUCAGUGCUGUAUUUACAGCAGGUAUAUACUGCUAUGCCUCAUGAGUCAGAGUAUGUAUAUAAUGGUGUCCAAGAGUGUGAGAGACUUUGCAGAGGAAAUAUAUUUUGUCUGUCUGUUUCAUUUUUAAAUGAAAAUGGUUUAAUGAAAAACAAUACAUAGGACAUAUUUUACUUGGUUCCCAUAAUUCUGUAGUGACAUGAAUCAUAAAUCAUAAAUGCUAGAAGCACCAUGCAAUAAACAUUACCUAAAGAA